AUGGAGAAUCUCAAAAAAAAAAAUGCUGAUAAUUUUAAACAGGUGCAGUUCAAUUCAAAGGGAGAGAGUACUAGCGUGGCGAAGGCGGCAGUAGUGCAGCACGAUGCUGUCACAGUCCAAAUCUUGAACUCAAAACCGGGAGUAUUCGGCAAGCGAUCGAAAUGGUAUGUAAUCGACUGCGCUGAUCUUGGGGCUAUCAUCGAGGGUUCGUACCACGUUGGUGACUUGCGCUUCACGACACUCGGGAGGAUUCAAAACAUCCCCGAGACCGGAUUCGCUUGUGGGAAGGGGUCCGCCUCGGCGUGA